CCAGAAAAUAUAAAAUAACGACAAUAAGCUGAGUAAGUUCUUUCUCUGCAUCAAAAUCUCUGAUAAAGAGCUCCUCUCACAAUCAUCUCUCUCUCCAUCACUCCGCGGAGUCUCCGAAGCUUCACUGAAGGAACAAAAAAAAAAUGCAGUCGUCAACGUAUACGGUUAAAGCAAACGCCGCGUUUGCGUUUCAGCGACGGACCUUCUCUAACCUCCUCAACAGAUCCGCCACUACCACUACCGGAAGCCGCUUCUCGCCGCUCAACCUCCACCUCCACUGCUCUGCUUCGAAAGCCAUGGGAGCGAAGCUCGCUCGCGCCGAGAACGGGAUCCAAACCGUUAUGAAUCUCUCUUCCGUCAAAGCUCGAUCCGUCAGAGCACAGGCCUCCUCUGUUGGUGGUGGUGGUGAUGAGGAAGAAGCUGUACCUCUGAGAUCCGAAUCAAAUAGCUCCGGCACCGUUUUGCCGUUCGUUGCUGUUGCUUGCCUUGGUGCUAUAUUGUUUGGCUAUCACCUUGGGGUUGUUAACGGUGCUCUUGAGUAUCUUGCUAAGGAUCUUGGUAUCGCUGAUAACACUGUUCUGCAAGGAUGGAUCGUUAGUGCGCUGCUUGCUGGUGCAACGGUUGGUUCAUUCACCGGAGGUACAUUAGCUGACAAGUUUGGACGAACAAGAACGUUUCAGUUGGAUGCUAUCCCGCUUGCCAUUGGAGCUUUCCUAUGUGCAACAGCUCAGAGUGUGCAGACCAUGAUUGUGGGACGUCUGCUUGCAGGAAUUGGAAUUGGGAUCUCAUCAGCCAUUGUGCCACUUUACAUAUCCGAGAUAUCCCCAACUGAAAUCCGUGGAGCACUUGGAUCUGUGAACCAGUUGUUCAUAUGUAUAGGAAUACUUGCAGCCUUGAUAGCUGGUUUACCCCUUGCAGCAAACCCUCUAUGGUGGAGGACGAUGUUUGGUGUUGCCGUCAUCCCUUCCGUUCUGUUAGCCAUAGGAAUGGGUUUUUCUCCAGAAAGUCCAAGGUGGCUCGUUCAGCAAGGAAAAGUAUCUGAAGCUGAAAAGGCGAUCAAAACUCUGUAUGGUAAAGAAAAAGUUGUCGAGCUAGUGCGUGACUUAUCAACCUCUGGCCAAGGUGCUUCUGAGCCAGAGGCAGGAUGGUUUGAUCUAUUCAACAGCCGCUAUUGGAAAGUUGUGAGCGUAGGUGCGGCUCUCUUUUUGUUUCAACAGUUAGCUGGGAUAAACGCAGUGGUGUACUACUCUACAUCAGUGUUCCGUAGCGCCGGUAUCCAAUCUGAUGUUGCAGCCAGUGCUCUCGUUGGAGCAUCAAACGUCUUUGGCACUGCUGUUGCUUCGUCCUUGAUGGACAAAAUGGGAAGGAAAAGUCUUUUACUCAUAAGCUUCGGUGGAAUGGCUUUGUCGAUGCUUUUGCUCUCUUUAUCCUUCACAUGGAAGGCUCUUGCUGCAUAUUCUGGCACCCUUGCCGUUGUAGGAACUGUUUUAUAUGUGCUGUCAUUCUCACUUGGUGCUGGCCCGGUUCCGGCUCUUCUCCUUCCAGAGAUAUUCGCAUCCCGGAUCAGAGCAAAAGCCGUUGCUCUUUCCCUCGGAAUGCACUGGAUAUCAAACUUUGUGAUUGGUCUCUACUUCCUAAGCGUUGUGACUAAAUUCGGAAUCAGCAGUGUCUACUUGGGUUUCGCGGCAGUAUGUGUCCUUGCAGUCAUCUACAUUGCAGGAAACGUGGUCGAGACUAAAGGACGGUCACUUGAGGAAAUAGAGCUUGCUCUUAACUCCGGAGCUUGAAAUUCAGAAAAAACAAAAACCCCACUUUGUUUCAUCAUUGAUCUUGUGAGUCUCUCUUUCGUUCAUGCUCUUUGAAUAACUUGUACAAUGGACUAAGUAAAUCAAUAAUGAGAAAUCGAUUCAUCAACCAA